UGUUGCAUUUCGGUAAAGACGUUCACCAGUAGAUUUCAAGAUUAAAAUCUACACAAUGUAUCGUUAGAAUAUUUUAGACCAUAAAAAGGACGUGAAAAGUUAAUUAGUUAAGUCACUGUCUAUUAGUUAAGUCACUGUCUAUUUGCCUCGGGUGUUGAUGGUCGGGUGAUCUGUUACGCACUGACUGAAAACAAAUAACGAUUGGCGCACGACGGCUCAUUGUAGCAGGCUAGCCUUUAAUCAGCGUGAAUAGUUUGUGGUUUACGACAACAAUUUAGGUCAAAUUAGAAAAAAACGGAAAGUGGACUUGCUGUUAGUUUUCGAGUUCGUCGGACUACUCUAUAGCUUGGCAUCUCACCAAGGCGAAGGUGAGGAUGAGCUGUCCUCACAGAUUUCUCGACCACGUUGAAAGUCUGACUGCACUUGGCUGAGAAAAUCACCAUACCACGUCGUAUCGCAGAUUAUCGACACUUCUAUUGAGCAGCGAGGAGGAAAAGAAUGCUCCUGGCACAAGAUGUCUGAUUCGGAAGCAAACAGUGGAACCUGAGAUAUUCUCUGCUACGACUCAGCGCGCCACAAAAAAACAGAGGAACAAGUUUUCAUGAGGAACAGAACAUUUUCUCAACACUGUGUUUUGACAAAUACUGACUUAAAAAAAAAUAUAUAUAUCUGAGAGGGGAAUGUGUUAGUCUACCCAUGAGGAAAACACACCCAGGAUUAAGCAAAUUUAAAAUACAUAGAGAAAGAGAAGCACAAGGAAAGAGGAAGGAAAAAAGACCAGAGAUUUAAACAUUUUUUUUCAUUCCCUUCCACUGAUCCUUGGACCAGACAAGUGAGUGUCCUUCACUGAAUGCCUUGGGUGAGAUGGACUCCAGUGGGAAUACUGGAGCAGCAGACCCCACCUGACAGCUCUCCAACUGAGAAAUAUAAGGACAUUUCAACAGGAGAUUCUGCUGACAUUUUGUCUGAAAAAUAUUUAUAUUUUUAAAGAACCCUCUAGAACCAUCUACAAUCUACUAUAUUCUGUCCCAGGAAAAACCCUUGUAUUUAUCCUUCCAAAGAACUGGAUGUGUGACUUAGUCCGUUUCAACCCAUGUAUGCAACACGGAGAAGGUUUUCCACACUCAACUGGCUGGUUUCACCUCUAGUCCUCCAAAGAUAAUAACAUACAACUUUUGAUAUCAGUGAGAUCUUUACUGAAAAUAGGGAUGAAAAACGUGAAUAAAUAUUGCUUUGCGGACGAAAAGUUCAAUCUUCAAAAAUAGAUGUGAAGAAAAAGGUGUUGAGAAAUCCAAAGAUAAACCUAGUCAUUUUUGUUAUUUUUAUUUAAUGGAAUGGAAAAACAUGUUUCUCCUCCUGAUAUUUGACUUCAACAACUCCUGAGCUUUGUUGUUCCUUCAAUGUCCUAUAGCAUCUCAUUCAUUUCUUUACAUUGAAAUCUCCUGUAUUUCCAGUCUCUCCUCAUAACCCUCUUACCCUUUCACUCUCCCUCAUUUACCCCUUCUUUCCCUUUAUUUGACCUAACUACCUCACCACCUACUCGCGGUGUAGAACCUCUCUGCCUCCUCCCCUUUCCCCCUCAGCGCCUCUCUCUCACCAUCUUUCCCCUUAGUCCCGGUUAUCCCAGAGUUCAUUCUGGCCGGCACCACCGUUCCGGCCAAGGGGGAGGAGGACUUCCUUACGCUGGCCGCCACCCGGCUCAGCCGCAGGAAACGUGUCAUCGGGGCAGGAGUGGGCGUGGCCAUGGUGCUGGUGCUGCUGGUUGCCAUCCCCUUAUUGGUUCACACCACCAAAGGGGGCGCGUCUGGGGGCGGGAGCACCCAUUAUGAGAUGCUCGGCAGCUGCAAGAUGGUGUGCGACUCUUUCACCCCCCCACAGGGAAGCCACGAGCUGACUGCUGUCUCCCCCCAACCCCCAGACUUCACAGGGAGAAGGGGCAAAUCUGGGUUUCGUGGGAGCCCUGGACCCCCUGGCCCCCCAGGUCCCAGAGGUCCCCCUGGAGAACCAGGCAAGCCAGGUCCCCCUGGGCCCGCCGGCCCUGGCCCAGGGGGCUACGUCCCCUCCUUCUACAGCCCCAAGAUUGCCUUCUAUGCAGGCCUCCGUAAACAGCAUGAAGGGAGUGAAGUGUUGAGGUUUGACGAUGUGGUGACCAAUGUGGGGAACUACUAUGAACCCAGUACUGGCAAGUUCACCUGCCCCCUGCCUGGCAUCUACUUCUUCACCUACCAUGUCCUGAUGAGGGGCGGAGACGGCACCAGCAUGUGGGCCGACCUGAAGAAGAAUGGACAGGUGAGGGCCAGUGCCAUAGCCCAGGAUGCUGAUCUGAACUAUGACUAUGCCUCCAACAGUGUCAUCCUGCACCUGGACGUGGGGGACGAAGUGUGUGUGCAGCUCGAUGGAGGCAAAGUCCACGGAGGAAACACCAACAAAUACAGCACCUUCUCUGGCUUCCUCAUCUACCCUGACUGAUGGCAUUCCUGCGUUACACAUACACACACACAAACAUACAACCACACAAACAUACAAUCUCCCAGGCAAACAUAUACAGCACCUUCUUCAGGAUUCUCAUCCAACCUGAUACUCUAAACCUCUCUCUCUCUCUCUCUCUCUCUCUCUCUCUCUCUCUCUCUCUCUCUCUCUCUCUCUCUGUUGCUAAACACACACAUUAUUUAAAGAAACAGAUGAAGUGGGAAAAGGAAAAUGUAUAUUUGCUCUGUGUUUUUUAUGUCUAUAAAAGUUUGGAUAGUGGCCAAAACAUAACAUUCCAAACCAAGUGCAGUUAGAAGGCGUCUAAUGUGCAAGUGUGUAUAUAGAAAUGUUUAUUUAAUAUAAACAUCCAUUCAUUUGUCGUGCUGCAGCACCCUUACUUCCCACGGCUAUGGGUCCGCGGAGGUACUGCAGGGGGUCCGGUUCGCCUGCAGGUCUAAAGAAAGUAUAUAUUUUACAUUUCAUUCAUUUGUCGUGCUGCAGCACCCUUACUUCCCACGGCUAUGGGUCCGCGGAGGUACUGCAGGGGGUCCGGUUCGCCUGCAGGUCUAAAGAAAGUAUAUAUUUUACAUUUCAUUCAUUUGUCGUGCUGCAGCACCCUUACUUCCCACGGCUAUGGGUCCGCGGAGGUACUGCAGGGGGUCCGGUUCGCCUGCAGGUCUAAAGAAAGUAUAUAUUUUACAUUUCAUUUAUUUUAUUUGAUUAAUAUUACUGUGUUGUGUAAUUCUCAUGAUAUCCCUGAAUCACAGAUAUUUAAAUUCAACUAGCAUGUAAGUAUGUGGUGAUAAACAAGAAUUAUGUCAAGACAAAAAAAUAUAUCAUCUUGAUAUUGUGUAUAUUCUUAAAGUUACAUACACUCCCCUCCAAAUGUAUGUGGACAGUGAAGGAUUUUUUGUUAAAUCCAGCAUUUUAGAUUUGAGAUAGAAUGUUGAGAUAGAAUGUUUCAUGUAAGGUUAUUUUAAGGUUAUUUUCAUACAUAUCCGUUUUACCGUUUAGAAAUCAAAGCACUUUAUGUAUCAAAGCACUUUAUUUAUCCAUUUGAAUAAGUCAUAAGUAUUUGUACAAAUUCACUUAUUCCUUAUUAAAGUAGUCAAACGCUAUAAGUAUUUGGUCCCAUAAUCCUUGCACACAAUGACUACAUCAAGCUUGUGACUCUAAAAACUUGUUGUAUGCAUUUGCGUUUUUGUGUGUGUGUGUGUUUUGGAGAGAGAAAAUUGCCCAAUAGGGACUAGAUACAAAAAGUGUUUUCAUUUCUUAACGGUAAAAGAGAUAGCCUAUGCAUGAAAAUACCCUCAAAUAAAAGAUGACAUUCUGUACUGUUGCCUCAUAUGAAACAUGUGUUCUCAAAUCCAAAAUGCUGGAGUAUAGAGCCAAAUUAAAAAAAUGCAGCUUCACUGUCCAAAUACAUACGUAUGGAGUGGAGUGUGUAUAUUCACUUCCGAUGUACACACAUCUGUGUAUAUGAUCAGGUAUGUGGAAGCAUACAUGACUCGCAUGCAUUACAUGCACACACACACACACACACACACACACACAC